GCAGUUCCCACUGCUAUGGAGACCACUGGGAGCUAAAGGAGCUGCUGGCAACCAAGAGAGCAGCAAAAGAAAGAAGAGGCCAGUGGUCUUGGACUAGCUGAGCAAGUGGGAGCCGUGUGGAAGGGAGCAGCAGCAGGAGGAGGGGUUCAAAGAUCCAGGAUCUGUCUCCUUCCUUCUGCAGCCAUGUUCAUCACUGUGCUGUUUGGAGCUGGUUGCCGGGAGCUGGUGAACCCCUGGUGCAGCCUCAUAGCCUUCACUACGUAUCUGAAACAGAAGGUGCAGGUCCCCCCAGAAGGAACCAUAGCCCUCCUGGCUGAGGACGGGCACCUGGUGAGGCUAGAGGAGAAGACUGCCCAGGCUCCUUCCAUGGCCUGUUCCAUGCUACAGGAGCAAGGGACCUAUGUCCUGGUACAGAUCAUUAGAGGAAAAGAUGGGAACUUCCCCUACUAUGAGUCGCUACUGGAUAACCUGGAACACCAGUAUCCGCAGUUAGCAGAGGAGCUGUGCUGGCUCUCCAGAUUUCCAGCCACAAGCAACAGUCAGAGAAGACGCCCAGGCAUUCGGCACAGCCACCAGGAAAAAGGUUUCCCUUCAAGGUCCCGAAGGGUGACUUCCCUACCAUCUAGAAACCGCUAGCUGGAGCCAGGCACCGAAAAGCAGGUCGUAUGACCUGGCACACCACAGCCAAAUGGCGCAGCUGGACUUGGAUCCAAGGAGACUGGCCCUGACCUCCGCAUUACGAUAAACUGCAGACAGACAGCAGCCCGGCAGGACUCCUUUUUCAGAAUCUGGCAUUACCAAGAGAUUGCAUCAGCAAGAAGGGAAAGGUCACAGACAGGAUGUGAGCACUGCCCCCUCCCCAACACACACACACACACACCCCUUUGAGUGCAAAGAAGAAGAUCCAAGGACAAAAGAAGGGUGAGGGGGGGCAGUUCCUGUGGGCAGAGACAAUAGGCUUCUCUCUUGACUUCGGGUCCCAGAAGCUUGGACCACUUACAAAUGCCUCAUCCUUCUCCCCACUUAGGAGAGUCCUGUCCUUGGCUCUCCACAACGCAGAUAACAGGGUUCCUCCCACCCCACCCCAGAGAGUCAAGGACAGCCCAGGGUUACAUAACAAGAUUUCCCUGCCCCCUCAUCCUCUCUCCCACCCCCACAAAGAUGAAGCAUAGCACACUAAUGAGAUAUCAUCCAUCACCCAUCUCCCCUGAUCCCACCUCCCAGCAGAC